CAGCAUGUUUAAGACAGCCUAAGUGCAUUAGCUUAAGCCCUCUUGUCUAGCGUGCAUCUGAACACUGCAGUCAACGCGUGCAUGAACUGAGGAGCAGAGGUGAAGAUGAACCUGUGCAUGCAAGUGUCCUCCACCUGCGUUUCAUGCAAAAUGUUAUGAAGUAUAUGCGAGCAGGAGGACUUUCCCAAGAAAAUGUUCAGGUUUAGCAUCCAGGUGUGGGCGCUCGGUCUGCUGUAUGCAGGCUCUCUGUCUGCUGAGGAGAUCGGUGCAUGUGAACUGCAGCCCUGCCAGAAUGGUGGUGUCUGUGAGAUCUACAAUGGUGGCCACAGAUGUCGUUGCUCCCAGCAGAGCCAAUAUGGGCGCUUGUACGGCGGGGAGAACUGUACGGUUGCACUCUCUGGCUGUGAUGCAAGCAAGUGUGAGAAUGGAGGAGUUUGUUCUCCCCUGCUUAUAAAUGACCAGCACACGUACACCUGCAUUUGCCCUCCUGGCUACGUGGGCCUCAAAUGCCAGAUUUCGACAGUGUUCUCCUUUGAGUCCAGAGGUCACAUGUAUGUUGAGACGCAGCAUCUGGAUCCAGAGGCUCCUCUAAAUGUGACAUUCAGUUUUAGGACAGACAGGCCGGCUGGCACACUCUUCCAGCGAAGAGUGGACAACCUGCUCCUCAGCAUUAGAAUAAUAGAUGGACUUCUCUGCCUCCUCAGCCAAAGGGUCCAAGGCUCCAGCACCCUGGUUCAAAAACUCCCAGAUUAUUUGUCCAACGGGAUGUGGCACACUGUGGAAGCCUCCCUGGGUGGCGUGGUCAGUCUGAUACGGCUGUUGUGCAGCGAGGAGAGCUGCCCCAGAGAUUCCAGCGCUGAAGUCCAGCCACUUGACGAAGCUACAGCCCUCCCUGACCUGGGAACCGCUCGUCAGAGCCUCUUCAUUGGAGCGGUUGGGCUGAACUGGGCUCUAGACAGAGGAGUGGAAGAUUCCCCUCCGGCUUUUCUGGGCUGCCUCAGAAACGUCUUUGUGGACUCACAUCUGGUACUGCCUGCCACGGGACCAAAAGACUCAGACGCCCACACAAACGUCACUGUGGGGUGCAGCGACAGAGACAAAUGCGAUGAUAGUCCGUGUCAAAACAGAGGCCGCUGCGUGAGCCAGGGCUGGAGGAGGUACGUCUGUGAAUGCCACAGGCCUUAUGAAGGAGACAACUGUGAGGAGGAGUACAUCACUGCUCGGUUUGGGAACCAAGACCUCAAGAGCUAUGCUGUCUUUUCAUUGGACGAGGAGCCCGAGGACACGCUGGUCAUAUCGUUGUUCAUGCGCUCCAGACAGUUAAAUGGGCUUCUCCUUACUCUGGCGAACAGCACCAGUCAGUACCUCCGCCUCUGGCUGGAGAAGGGCCGACUCAAAAUUCAGGUGAACAACUUUGAGACCCUCACGGGUCAGAGUCCAGUCAGUGAUGGCCACUUCCACCUGGUCACUGUGAAGCUGGAAGGAACCACAGCCAGUGUGUCUCAGUCAACCCAAACCCAGGGCUCUGUGGUCACCAGACAAAUCCAUACUCACUCUGGAGAUAAGGUUUUUGUUGGAGGGCUACCAGACCCAAGAGGUUCUGCAUCUUUUGGGGGCUACUUCAAGGGAUGCAUCCAGGAUCUCAGGAUAAACAGCAGACGACUGCAAUUCUACCCAAUAGCUUCUAAAGUGGAGUCUUACAACCUGGAGGAGCUGGUUGAUGUUGCAGAGGGAUGCAGCAGCAACAACGCAUGUGCUGUCAAUCCCUGCCUCAAUGGGGGGGAGUGUUACUCUAUGUGGGAUGAUUUCAUCUGCAGCUGUCCACCCAACACCGCAGGCCAGCGCUGUGAGGAGGUCAAAUGGUGCGAGCUGUCUCCAUGUCCUGCCUCUGCUCUUUGCCAGCCCCUCCCUCAGGGUUUUGAGUGUUUGUCCAAUGCUACAUUUCGGACGGACAGCAGAGUUUUGCACUACAGCAGCGUUGGUCAGAUCAGUCACAGUCUUGUAAACAUCACCCUCAGCUUCCGGACCAGGCAGACCUCUGCUACCCUACUCCAUGCACAAAAAGGCUCAGAUUACCUGACUGUUUCUCUAAUGAACUCCUACUUAGUCAUGGAGCUCCAGGUUGAGGCUGACAAAGUGACAGUUCAAAGCUUGGCUCCACUCAGUGACAGAGACUGGCAUUUUGUGGAGAUAAGUAUGAAGAACCAGACGGUUUCUUCCAGGUGGACUUUGGCUGUAGAUAAAGGCAAAGAGGUUUCCAGUAUGGCCAAAACAGCUGUAGAAGUUCUAGACUUUCUCAAAGAAGGUGCAAACAUUUUUCUAGGGGGACUUAACCUGGACUCUGGGGUGAGCUUGUCUGGCUGUUUGGGUCCAGUGAAAAUCGGGGGUCUUCUUCUCCCCUUUUACCCGGAAACAGAGCUAAACUUCCCCAGGCCUCAGGAGGAGCAGUUUGUGAGGAGGAACCCCAAUGCUGCUGCUCAAUACGGCUGCUGGGGCAAAAGUGUGUGUGCGCCAAACCCCUGCCACAACGGGGGCUUGUGCGAGGACCUGUUCGACCUGCACGAGUGUGAGUGUCCGCCCGAGUGGACGGGUCCUGUGUGUCAAAACCUCACUGACAGCUGCAACUCCAGCCCCUGUGUCUUUGGAAACUGCACCAGCCUGGACGGGAGAUUCAAGUGUGAGUGUGAGCUGGGCUUCACUGGUGAGCGGUGUGAGGUGGAGGUGGACAUGUGCGAGGUCAACAGCUGCAGCCACGGCGCCACAUGCCUCCGAGGCUUCCAGCGCUACACCUGCCUCUGUCCCAGGGACAUGACGGGCCAAUACUGCGAAGAGAAAGUUCCUGAAAUUCCGUGGUACAUUGAGACAGCUCCACUUCCUCAGUUGCCCUUAUCUAUGUGUACGGGGACGAGGUGGAACUACAGCUGCUUUAAUGGAGGAAACUGCUCUGAAGUCAACAACAGCUGCUCCUGCCUGCCGGGUUUCACAGGACAAUGGUGUGAGAAAGAUGUGGAUGAAUGUGCCUCAGAUCCAUGUAUGAAUGGAGGCUUCUGCAUCAACUACGUCAACAGCUUUAAGUGCAUCUGUGACAUGAACUAUUCAGGAGUUUACUGCCAAAUGGACGUCAGCGACUUCUACAUGUAUCUGUUCUUGGGCCUGUGGCAGAACCUCUUCCAGCUCGUGUCCUACCUGGUGAUUCGCCUCGACGACGAACCAGAAAUUGAGUGGGGAUUCAACAUGAAUGAUUAGACAGAUUCUAUGUUUGUCUCAAACUGUACAGCUAUUGGAAAAAAACAGUUUUUACUGGCAGGUACAGUAAACACAUAUUAAGAAUUCUAGUUUUACUUGGUUUUUGGGAGUAUAUGCAGGGCCAGAGACUCAUAUUGUAUAUCCUAAACUUGAAAAAAAAAAGGCUAACGUCACAGAAGUUUGACUUAUAAAGACUAUAUACCAAAUAUUUUGAUUGCAAAAAGGACAUAAUCUUUAUAUUAAAGGAGUUUAAUAUAAGAAACUGUACUUGAGAGUUUUUGAGAUCCAGAUCUUGAUGGAUUGGAGCCUUUUUCCAUGUCUAGGAGGAGAGGCGUUUUCUGUCAUCCUGGAGACACACGAUGGAAUGCUGCAGCCGGUCAAACACCGGCUAUUGCUGCAGCAAAUCAGCAAGCAGAUGAGCCAGAUGAUGGAGAGUCACAGAACGGAAAUUGGGCGGGUUCUUCCUAAAAACUAACAUAAUCCCCUCUGUCUUGAAAGCUCCGAUACUGGAAAGGAGGUACAUGAGAGUGGCAUCUUUAGCAAACUAAUUUGACAGAUCUUAGUCCAAACAUUUAGGUGUACAGAGGAGAGACAACACAAAUGUCUUAGGAUGACAGAAAGUCCACGAUCCACCAGUAGCCUGCUGCGUUUGUCAAUGUAAAGUCUUUGUUUGUACUUAUUUCAUUUCAAUUUUACAAAGAUUUACAUCAAGAACUACUUUUGAUUACUCUUUAUUUUUAUGAAGAAAAGUCCAACCCCAAAUAAACAUUGAGCCUUUGAGCAGAAA